GCGUACGAAAACACUUACUUGCUUAACUACGAAACCACCGAACCCAUAUCCGGCCAACAGGAUGCUGCUUCGAUGCGCGUCCUCCCCGCUGGAAGUGAUGCCAAGGAUGAAGUCAAGAAGAGCCCUGGCUUCUUUCUCAAUCGAAGCCAGCCAAAACGGGUCUGAAGUCGUGCUAGCAACAGAUGCCGCAUCCUCUAAAUCUUCCUCUGUCAGUUUGGGAGAAAGUGUACCCUCGCCAGGAGUCCCGAUAGAGGUCACCACGCCAGCGACCGACGGACGGUUCGCCCCGACAAUGUUACGAGUCCUCUUCUCCAGCGCUGUAACUUUCUCGUCAUCCGCGUUUGUAGCUAUGUCUGCUUCCUGUGAACGAGUGGUUACUUCGCCAUUGAAAAUAGAGUAUGGCAGGACCCGUGCUUCUUGCACGAGGUGGUUGAUUAUUUCAGACACAUGGAAUAUUGUCUUUCUAUCGUUUGAAUGUCCGACAACGCCAGGAAAUCCCACCAUGUAUAUGCUUGAAGUGUAUUUCCACUGCUUUUCUUCCCUCUCUUUUCUCAGUCUCUCGGCCGCCAUCGUUUCGCAUGUACGUAUCCGGUAGCCAAUGGCCAUAAAAAAAGGAGAGGAAAGGAAAGGAAAGGAAAAAGAUUGAAACUAUAUUGUAGUGGCGUAUCUUACAAGGAAAUUGCAAACAGCUUACUUCGACAAAGAUAUUGGCAGAAUUUUCCCAGUCGCCGCAUUGAAUGGUACUUCCGAAGACGACCACCAACGCA